AUGAAGCUUCACGCAGCUCUUGCAGUGUCAAUUGGCGCGGUGGCGUGCCUGGCCAACGACCCGCUCACGCCGGACAAGGUCGAGGCGGACAUCAAUACCCAAGAGCUCCAGCGGAACCUGUGGAACUUCAACCACAUCGCCAACAAGAACGGGGGCAACCGCGCCGCCGGCCUGCCGGGCUACAAGGCCUCGGUCGACUACGUGCUGGAGCGCGCCCAGAAGCGCUUCUACAAGCAGAUGGACACCUGGGUCCAGCCCUUCAACCACACCUUUGAGCAGACGCGCGAGAUCUGGGUCCGCGGCCCGGACGGCAACAAGGUCUACGCCAUCACGCUGCUCUACAACACCGCCACGCCCGUGCCCGAGGGCAUCACGGCGCCGCUGAUCGACACGCCCGUCGACGACGCGCGCGGGUCCGGCUGCUUCGAGGACCAGUGGGCCGGCAUCGACGCGACGGGCAAGCUCGCGCUCGUCAAGCGCGGCACCUGCGCCAUCUCGGACAAGCUCAAGCUCGCGCGCGCGCACGGCGCCCUCGGCGUCAUCCUCUACAACCAGUCGCCGGGCGAGAACAUCGGCGGCGCGACCCUGGGCGCCGACAACGUCGGCAAGCUCGUGCCCGUCGCCGUCACGACGCUCGAGAACGGGCAGGCGUGGAAGGCGCGCCUGGCCGCCGGCGAGGUCCUGACCGUCACGCUCUACGUCGACGCCUUUGUCGAGCAGCGCGAGAGCUGGAACGUCAUCUCCGAGACCAAGGAGGGCGACCCGGACAGCGUCGUCGUGCUGGGCGCGCACCUCGACGGCGUGCAGGCCGGCCCGGGCAUCAACGACGACGGCAGCGGCUCGACGGCCCUCCUGGAGCUCAUGGGCUCCUUCAAGAAGUACCGCGGCUUCAAGAACAAGGUGCGCUUCUGCUGGUGGGGCGCCGAGGAGAACGGGCUCAUCGGCUCGCUCUACUACACCAGCCAGCUGAGCGAGACCGAGGCCGACCGCAUCAAGUACUACUUCAACUACGACAUGAUCGGCUCGCCCUUCCCCAUCUACUCGGUCUACAAGAACGAGAACAGCGGCGUCGGCGCCUCGGCCCUGUUCGACUACAUCAACUCGCAGGGCAAGCCGGCCGAGUAUGGCGAGUUUGGCUCCGACUCGGACUACGUCGGCUUCGUGGACUUGGGCAUCCCUUCCUCGGGCAUCUUCACCGGUGCUGGCGCGCCCACGGACCCGUGCUAUCAUCUCAAGUGCGACAACCUCGACAACAUCGACUACGACGCCCUGACCAUCAACGCCAAGGCCGCUGGCCGCGUCGCCGCCCAGUUCGCGCUCUCCCUCGAGGGCGUGCCGACGCGCAGCAAGAAGGUCACGAGGGACUCGCGCGGCCGGACCAACAAGCCGCUCAAGGGCAACAAUGUCGUCUAA